AUGGUCUUAGCCCACUCACCCCCGCGUAAGGCGGCCAAUACUCGCCCCCCAGACAGGAACCGUAGGAACCUCACCCGCAUCUCCGAGACUCCUACGGACAUUAUCACACAGCAGAGUCCCCCGCCGCUACCCACCACCUCUAGAGCGGGGCAUUCACGCUCUCACUCCCCGCGUAUCUCCCCUCGGUCACCCCCGCCUAGGGGGAGGGCUCAAAGGCGAUCGCCUCUACCCCCUCUGCCGCGAAUAGAUAGCAGAUCCCCGACUGAUCGGCAGCUGUCUACUCCUCCUCCGUCACCGUCUAGGGGGUGGAUUUCGCUUCCUAGCACCCCAUCUAGCAGACAUAACUCACCUAACCCCCCACGCGGGGACGGAGAGGACGAGAUCCCGGCCAGCUGGGAAUCGCUCUCUCCUUCCUCGAUGGCCACCCCCGCACUGGUGCACUCCCCACCCACGCUGAUUCGUCGCUCUCCAAGCCCUACUACUGCACCAACGCCGGCAAUUGCACCAACCCCAGAACCCGCCCCGGCCCCCCCGACCGCUCUUCAAACGGCGUUCAUGCUCAUCGUUGACUCCGCUAAGGAGAUUAUGGCCAAAAUCUCGGAGGGGAAAAGCGUGACUAGCGCUAACAAGAAGCGCAUCAAAGACCUCGCGCAGAACAUCAUGGGCGCCGUAGAGAUGGCCAAAUACGACGAGCCGCCCGAACUCACCAAACCGGUAUCUGACGCCGUCCUCCAAACGAUCCGGGAAACCAUCCGAGAGGAGCUCAAAGCGCAGGCCCCUCCCCUUCCCCCUCCAGCGCCUACUCCGGUGCCUCUUACAAAAUCCUUCGCAUCGGUGGCUGCAACCACCCCCCCACCCAAACGCCCCGCGCCGCGAUCUCCCGUCCAACCGGCGAUGAUCAUCAAAGCCAAGGCGACCGGCGAACAUCAGCCGGUGGUCUACGACGAGUGGCGCAAAAAGAUCACCUUCCGCAACAGCACUUUUGCGCCAUCGCAAGUACGCACCCUGCGCAAUAAUACGGUAAAGGUGAAUUUUGAUAACGCCGCGCAAAGAGACGAAAUUGUGGCAAGGGUGAACAGGAUCCCGGGACUUGUGGCAGAGGAGUCAAGGCUCCGAAAGCCCCUCAUCAUUCUGAAGGGGGUAAGCAAGGAAACGCCGAAAGAGGAGCUGCUGGAUAUAAUCAGCAGCCAAAACCAGGUAGCCGUCGACGACCUCCGUCUCUGCUUCCUUCUAAAGAACAGAAACGACAAAUUCUACAAUGUAGUCCUGGAAGUGGCACCGGCAGUUCGACGAACCUUCGUGGAGGAGGGCCGCGUCAACGUGGAGCAUCAGAGGGUACACGUGGCGGACUUCAGCCGCUUCGUGCAGUGCCGGAAAUGCCUACAGUUUGGGCACACCGGCAAUAAAUGCGAGGCGGAGUUCUACCCGUGCGCCCACUGCGGCUCCGCCGCGCACCAUAUCUCCACCUGUUCCCAUAGAACCGACCCGACUAAAAUGUGUUGCUACAACUGCAAACAAACAAACAGCACAAACACUAAACACUCCGCUCUUGACACUAAAGAAUUUUUAGUGCACUUCCGCGAUAACAACUUCGAUGUGGCCUUGAUAUCGGAACCCUAUGUGGGUAGUGGCCUAGAAGUUAGGCCCCCACCGGGAAUUAAUGUCUACCAAUUUUCAAAUGGCUCCCGAGUCAGAGCUUGCAUCCUUACCAAAUCCACGGUGGCCGCCAUUGGCGUUACGCAGCUAUCCACCGCGAACCUGGCCGUCGCCCGCAUCAACUUUGGUCCCAGAUCCCUGGAUGUCGCCUCAAUUUAUGUGGAACCCGACACAGACAAGGAAUCCACACUGCCCAAAUUAAACAACUUCUUGCGGACGACCAACUCCUCCUUGCGGCUGGUCGGCGGCGAUGUCAAUGGAAGCCAUCAGGAAUGGGGACAUCGCGAUGCGAAUGACAGGGGAGAAGAAGUGGCCACCAUCAUGGCAUCUAACAACAUGGCAGUCUGCAAUGUAGGCGAUGAACCGCGACCGACCGACCGACCGACCGACCGACCGACCGACCGACCGACCGACCGACCAACCAACCAGCGACCUUAUUCCUUGGAAUUCCUUAAUCGUUGGAAGAAAAACAAACAAUUUGUUGAAAUAUAG